AUAUCACCAAACCAAAAUUGGAGAGAUGCUAGAGAGAAUAUCUCUCUCUCUCUCUCUCUAUAUCUCUCUCUCACUCACUGAAAAUAACUUAACAAAGGUACUGUUUAGGUGCUUUAUAUUAGUCUGAAAAUCAACUCCUUGACAGCAGCAGGAGCAGCAACUUCAAAGCAAGUGAUUGUUCCACUUCUGCAACUUAUCACAAGGGUGGUUGAUUGUCUUCACUUGAACCUUCAUCAUCACAUUCAUUAACUUUUUCUUUAUAUUUACCUUUAAAUUUCUUCCUCCUCCUCACCCUCAUCAUCUUCUUCAUCUCAACAAAAGGAGAAAAGCUUAGAGCUUUUUUCAGUAGGAGCAGCAGCAGUAACAACCAAUUAAUUCAACACCAACCACUCGUACCUACGAAUCCUUAACUUCAAACUCACAAAUCUUGGGUUGAUUUUCAAGUAACAAAAAAACACAAAAAUGGAUUCAUAUGAAGCAACAAGAAUUGUGUUCACAAAGCUCCAAACUUUAGACCCUCAAAACGCAUCCAAAAUCAUGGGUCUUCUUCUCAUUCAAGAUCACGGUGAAAAUGAAAUGAUUCGGUUAGCUUUUGGCCCAGAAUCACUUCUUCAUUCCGUUAUUAUUAAAGCUCGCAUACAACUUAACAUUUCAUCUCCUCCAUCACCGUUAAGUUCACAGAAUCUUUCACGGCAAAAUUCUGGUAAUUCGUUAACUGCUUCACGGCAUGUUAAUAGUAAAAUUACUAAUCUACCCUCACCGUUAAAUCCUUUAGCUCCGUCUUAUGAUCUGGUCGAUGAGUUUCGGUUGUUAAUGCGAGCUGCGGGUGUUUCUUCUCCUAACAGCCCAAAACCCAUGAAUUAUCUUCUUCAACAAUCCGGUAGCCCAAGGAUGGCCACUGCUGCAACGGCAUUGAUGAUGGGAGAAGAGAUGAACAACUUCGGUCGGUUAAGGAACGAUUUCUUGAUGGGUAUGGUAAACCCGGGUUCGAGGCAAAUUUACCUAACUUUUCCAGCGGAUAGCUCGUUUACGGAAGAAGAUGUGUCGAAUUACUUCAGCAUGUACGGUCCGGUUCAAGAUGUUCGGAUCCCAUACCAGCAGAAACGAAUGUUCGGGUUUGUGAGUUUCGUGUUUGCAGAAACUGUUAAGCUCAUACUCGCGAAAGGGAAUCCGCAUUUUGUAUGUGAGGCGCGGGUGCUUGUGAAACCGUACAAAGAGAAGGGGAAAGUCCCUGAUAAGUUUAGGAAGCAGCCGCAACAGCAAAUGGAUAGUCCCAUCGGAUUUGAUUCACACGAUCCUUUCGAUCUACAACAUGGUGGAAGGAUGUUGAUCAACAGCCAGGAUUUACUGUGGCGGAAAAAGUUGGACGAGCAGGCGGAUUUGCAGCACGCGAUCGAGCUUCAGAACCGUCGGAUCAUGGAUCUGCAGCUUCUCGACGUGAAAAGAAACCACCACCACCAGCGUGCCCUUUCCACCGGUGCAGCCAUUCCGUCUCCCACCUGUUACUCUCCAAGUUACCUCAACCACUCGUCGGUUUUUGGUUCUGAUAGCAGCAACAUUUCAAGUCCUGAUUCCAAUGAUGGUUUGAUUCCAAAACUAGUGCCUCCAAUAACCACCGAUGGUGUCAAACCACCAUUAAAGGCGAGUUUAAACCGUGAGGAAGAGAAUGAAGCAUCGGAUCUUAAAGAUAGUCAUGAAGAUGGUAUUAAUUUACCCGAAAGCUUGGAGCACAAUCUCCCCGACAACCUUUUUGCAUCGCCGAAGAAAGCUGAAGAUCAUCAAACUGUCUUUUCAAAUGACAAAAAUACCCUUGUUUCUUCGGUCGCUAGCAAUAGUAACUUAAUCACCUCCCCAUUGACCUCGACUUUGGAUUUGGAUUUGGCUUCAGUAAAAUCAUGUUACUUUGAGUUUCCUAGGUUUUCAUCGGAUCACAGUGCGAUCAGAAUGUAGUUGUUACUUCAUAAUUUAGAAGCUUAUUUAGGCAAGAUGAAUGGAGUUUGACAGUGUAAGUUACAAGGAAAAAAUGAAUGAAUAUAUGUAACAAAGAAAGGAUACCCAGAUGAGAUGUUUAGUAAAAUCAUCACUACUUACUACAAUACAAAAAAAAAGUUCAAAAGUCAAAAGUCAAAAUGUUUACCCCUGAAUCUAGUGUGUAAUGUGUUUAGAAAUGAAAUGAGCAUUAUUUGAUAAA